GGAGGCUAUAAAGAUAUGAGAUCUGCAACUGUCAAACGACCACAACCAGAAGAAAAGAAUAAGCCAACAGCGAAGAAAUCAAGAAUGGAUCGAGCAGACGCAGGAGAGAAGCUAAGGAGGAGGAACGUGGAGCUGGAGAGAGCUCUGAAGGAGAGCAAGGAGAGGGAGGAUCAGAUGAGAGCGAAGCUUGAAAGAGCCUGGGAGAGGCUACGGGUGGCCGAGGAAGCUGAGGAGAGGCUCUGCUCGCAGCUUGCGGAGCUCGAGGCAGAGGCUGUCCUACAGGCCCGUACAUAUCAGGCUCACAUACUUUCUCUAGUGGGUCAGCUUUCCCGGUCCCCUUGAAAUUACACCAAGGGGCAAGGAUCUUCCUCCAGCAAUUCCAACGCUGAAGGAGUUGACUUGAAUUUUGGGUUCCUGUAUUUGAUUGAUCUUAGAAUGGAUCUUUCUGUAUGUACAAAAAUAUAUGUUUUACAAACAAAUCAAAUGAAUUUGGUGGGUGGUUUUCUCUCUAAA